AUGACCGAGCCCGAAAGUGAUGAUUGGUCGAACCAAAGUAUUUACCAUGGAAAACUAAGGAACCCGAAAGGGAUAAUUGGUCAAACCGACGUAUUUGUAAUGCAACAACGACCGAGCCUGAAAGCGAUGAUUGGUCGAACGGACGUUUUUAUCAUGGAACAACUACUGAGUCCAGAAGUGAGAAGUCCUCUGUUACGGACUCUGAACCAAGACAGUGCAAAGAUGCCAAACCAGCGGAAGAUAAGUAAUGUUAUAUUAUGCAUUUAUAUGACAGUGCGGUCUUCAUUGCCUUUUGUUAAACCUGAGGAAAAACUUGGAUUGGAUGAGUGA